AUGGACCUACCCUUCGUGCUUUUCAUACCAUUCGGCCGAGGCGGCGAGGAAACAAAUAGGAGAAUACCUCCCGCUUCAUUACAAUUACCAUCGAGGACGGCCGAGACCCUCUACGAGCUCGUCGUGACGGUGCAACAGGGCGCAAGCACGCAGAACAAGUAUGCGUUCCCAAUCCCUCUGCAGAGGUACGAUACUUUAUCAACCUUCGGCAUGUACAACCGGCCAGAGUCAAAAGUGGUCACGGCCGACAACUUGGUCACGCUGGGGAUAUCGCUGCCGAAAUGGAGCUAUGGCCCCUGUGACCCGAUCACCGUCUACAUAAAGCUUGCGCCGAAUGCGGACUGGGUAAACAAGGCAAAGAGGGUCACGAUCCAGAAAAUCACGCUGGCAAUCGAGGAGGAGAUAACAUACAAUCCGGAGGGCGACGAGCCGACCAAGAAGGUGAACAGGAUCGCCAAGCACACGCAGCCAGUACAGGCAAAACUACCAGAAGCCGGCUAUGUCACAAACCUGGGGCUGGUGUUUCCAUCGAAAGACCUGAGAGAUUCCGAGGGCAUCGUCAAGAGAGGCAAACCUGGGUUCCCGCAGUACGAGGUCACCUCCUUCACGACAAGCUCCACUCUGUACAAGAUCGAGUUCUUCUUGAGCAUCAAGGCCCAAAUGAGCUCGGCUCGGGAUAUAACUUUGCGACAGCCCAUCGUCAUCUGCCCGAUGGACCAGCAAGCUUGCAAAGAGGAAAUGGACGCCAUCGAGCAGGCCGCCAAAGACGCGUCCCACGUGGAUCCAAACAACCCUAUGCUCCCCGCGAGAUCGAUCAUAGUCUCCACUGACAAGGAUGCUCUUAAACACCUCGGGCUUUGCAACGUUGCAGGGCAUAAGAAGCCACUCAUCGAAUGA